AACACAAGCACGAUUAACACAAUAUUAAUGUCAGCAAGGUAAGCUCGCUGCUGCCGGGACUCGGAUCACUGGAAGUGGACCAUGGCGGCUGCCACGAGCAGCAACACAUCCACAGCCACGCUACAGAUAAAACAUUCCAGUAUCGAGCAUACACGGAAACGCAUAGACCCGAGGAGGAGGCAAGCGGCGCUGUCUUUUCUCAGCAACAUUUCUCUAGAUGGGCGACCCGUGCAAGACGACGCAGACAAUCACAAUGAAGAGGAUAACUCUCUUGAAGCUAGGACUAGACACAGCCUGGUUUCUCCGGAGCGCUCGGCGGCGUAUGGGGCUCCUGGCGGGGCCGGAGCUGCUGCUGCUGCUGCUGCUGCCGCCACGGCCGCCCAGGCGCUCGCCUUUGCAAACCAGGCUCUCCUCGCCAGCAGCCGGGGCAGUUUUGGGACGGGUCCCGCAGCUGCCCCAGCUGGCACAGACACAGAGGGCGACGCUUUCUUGCCUUCUACGUUCAGCUCGCCUUUCUCCGCGGUCCCAGUCUCGACUAGAGGGAGGCUGCAGACGUACACUCAGGGAAUCCUACCUGCCCCUUACUCCAGGCAAGCCUCCCAGAACUACUGCCUGGACGGAGGACAGAUAGCCAACUCUGCCAUAGAGCUGCAGAGGUCAAGACGAAGACUCAUCUCUCAGCGCUCUUCCCUUGAAACGCUCGAGGACAUUGAAGAGAAUGCUCCUCUACGCAGAUGCCGAACCCUAUCGGGUUCACCUCGACCAAAGAGCUUCAAGAAAGUCCACUUCAUAAAGAACAUGAGGCAACAUGAUAUGCGCAACGGAAGGAUAGUCCUUAUCAGUGGCAGAAGAUCCUUCUAUAGUGUAUUUUCUGUCCUGCCCUAUCGAGAUUGUAGCCAAGCAGGGGAUGUAAAGCUGGAAGGAGGGCGUCAACGACACCCUUCAGGAGGGGUCAGUGCCAAGGAGAUGGUCAUUGGGCUGGAGGGAGUGGAAUUAGGAGCUGAUGGAAAGACUGUGUCCUACACCCAGUUCUUAUAUCCUACUAAUGUGCUGGGUGGCCGAAGAAACACUAUCGACUCCACGUCGUCCUUCUCUCAGUCUCGCAACGCCAGUCACCGUAGCCUCAGUUUGGGACGAGCCAACAGCAACCAGAGCAGCCUAGACACAGGGAAUGAUCUGGUUGACUUCCGCGAGUACGACCCCAAUCUUCUGGAUGACCCCCAGUGGCCCUGCGGAAAACACAAGAGAGUUCUCAUCUUCCCCUCGUACAUGACCACGGUCAUUGAAUACGUCAAACCCUCUGACCUCAAAAAGGACAUGAACGAAACCUUCAAGGAGAAGUUCCCCCACAUAAGACUAACACUGAGCAAGAUUAGGAGCUUGAAAAGGGAGAUAAGAAAACUAGCCCAGGACGAAUGUGCUUACGAGGAACCGACAGUUGCAAUGGCUUUCGUCUACUUUGAAAAACUUGUUCUUCAAGGCAAACUAAACAAACAGAAUCGCAAACUCUGUGCUGGAGCUUGUGUGCUUUUGGCAGCCAAGAUUGGUGGCGAUCUCAAGAAGCACGAAGUGAAGCUGCUAAUAGAUAAACUGGAGGAGAGGUUCAGAGUGAACCGCAGAGAGCUGAUAGCCUUUGAGUUCCCUGUCCUGGUGGCACUGGAGUUCAAUCUGCACCUGCCAGAGCAUGAGAUCAUGCCCCACUACAGACGCCUGCUGCAAACUUCCUAGCAUUAGUGACCCAUCAGGAGGAUGACCAUCAAGUUCUCCUCCUGAUCUUCUGGUUCCUACAGUAUCCAUCCUCCCGCUUCUGUCCUCAUCCCCGUCCCUAUCUGACAGCUUCAAGGUACCCCUGGCAGCCGCUCAGCUGCAGCCACUCAUCACUACCGUCAACACUCUCCUUCCUCUCAGAGACCUGAAAUCAGCCAAAGGGACACACAUUUUCAAAACUUAUUUGACUUCUAUAUUCAUCACUACAAAGACUUCUGAAAGAAAGGGUUAAACUGUCUGCAAAUCAAGUUGUUUUUUCUAGUUUGCAUGUUUCCCAUCUCUUCAUCUUCACUUUGUAUAUUUUAGACCUCUCUUGUUGAUUAAGAGAGUUUUUCUGUUUGAUUGUGAUGGUGGAUUUUUUUUUCUGUUAAAAGCAACAAAUGAUUGUACCAUUUUUUUAUCAUCUCUUUUGAUUAAUCGCCUUUGUGUAAACUUUGGUAUGAUUGGUUGCCUCCUGGCCUGCAUAAGAUUUAAACAAAGCCUUUUUAAGUGGCUGGAUUUGGCUGGACUGUUAUUCUACAGAGUGACUCAUCUUUUCGCAAGUCAUCGUCUUAAAAAGUGCACUUUUUUCAAUAUUGCGAGAGACACUUGGGGGUUGGGGGAAUUUUUUUUUCAGACUUUUAAUGAGCUUGGGAACUGACCCUGAAAAAUAAGCUGUGUUCAUAAGCACCACACACAUCAUUCGAAUGGACAUUUUCAUUGUUUUUCCCGAUUUUCCAGCCACAACUACCCGCAUGAAAAGUAACUAUUGUUUGUACACAGGUACUUGCAGACAAGAUGGGACUUCCUAUUUUCAUUGAAGUAUUCCAUUCAUUUUCUACCAGUCAAAUGCUUCCUAUGGACUUACAGUGACCAGACCCACUUUUAUCAGUGUUGUAUUCCCUGUGCUCUAUGUUAGAGUGUAUUGCUAGCACAUUUACAGUGCUGUAAUGGGGUCAGGAAGGUAGUUCUUGUUCAUGAGUGCUAAAAUGCCAUUAACCAGUGAUCAGGAUUUGGUAUUUAGAACAGCAGAGUGCUCUAGUGUUGAAAGAGAGAACGUCUUUCACCUGUUGGAUGCAGGUUAAGAUCCUGUACCAGAAAUGAUCCUCCCUGCUGAAAUGUCUUAGAGCAAGCCUCCGAGUCCCAGCAGGAUUCAGGGACUCUGCUGUUGAGCUGAUCCUGACCUCUGACCUCUCUGGAGAGGGGAACUCAAAACGAGAUCCCAACAGGGAUCAAUGACAGGUCACUCAUUUGCAGUGAACGUGAAUCAGCAUUUGUUGAUUUGAAAUCUAUUUAAAAAAUAAAAAAAACAUUGCAAAUUGACAACUUUAACAAUGAACAAUGAGACCAAUUUUUUAAAGUAUUAAUCCAUUUAUUUGGCAUGUAUGUAUCUCAACUUGAUUUUCUUUUUUUGUAUUACCUUGAAAUGUUCUGGACUGAAUUGUGUGGUACACAGUACAACAG